GACAAAAGAGAUUAACAAAUGACAAUACCAAUAGUUGUAAAAAACCUGUAUCUAUAUCUAUAAAUAUUUACCUGCAGAUCCACCUGGGGUUAGGGUUUUUUCUCAAUCCCCAACAUGCCCAAUUCAUCUGAUAUCAAAGACCCAAUUCCCAUUCAAUCAAGCCCUCAAUUUGAAGAUUCCCAACAACCACCCCAACAUCUUUCUCCAAUCUUGGAACACAAAGUUGAAGAUAAUGGUGGAUUAAAAGAAAAUGAUAUGCUUUUGGAAAUAGGUCCAAAUGUUGAGAAAUCUGAUAAUGUUGUAUUAAGAAAGCUUUUGCGUGGACCGAGGUAUUUUGAUCCUCAGGAUAAUAACUGGGGAAAUUGCUCUAAUUGCGGUGAAGCUGGUCAUACAGUUGCUAAAUGUACGGCGGCUAAACGGAAGAAGCCGUGUUUUGUAUGUGGAAGUUUGGACCACAAUGCAAAGAAAUGCAGGCAGGGAAAGGGUUGUUACAUAUGCAAAAAAAGUGGUCAUCGUGCAAAAAACUGCCCAGAAAAAUCUAUUGCAGGAUUGCAAAACGCUAAAUUAUGUUUAAAGUGUGGUGAUUCAGGGCAUGAAAUGUUCACAUGCAAUAGUGCAUACUCCUUGGACGACCUCAAGGAAGUGCAAUGUUACAUUUGCAAAGAUUUUGGGCAUCUUUGUUGUGUUGACUAUGGUGAAGGUCCAAGCGAAGUUUCUUGUUACAGAUGUGGUCAGUUGGGCCAUAUUGGUUUGGAAUGUACGAGUACUGGUGCCAAAGCAAAUGCACGUGCACAUGUAGAGACAACCAAUACAGCAUCACCUCGUUCUUGCUAUAAAUGCGGAGGGGAAGGCCAUAAGGCACGCAAAUGUAAAACUUCAGCUAAGAAGCGAAAGAGGAAUACUGCCAAGGAUGAUCAUUUAAAAGGUUACAAUGAUUAUGUAGGCGUUAAGUCUGCACCUCAUGAGCUAGGUGAGGCUCGUAAGAGGAAUAAAAGGCAACAUGGACACUCGCCUUCACCUCAACCCAAGCGAAGGGGCGGGUGGAUCAAUGAAGAGACUGUGCACUACAACAUUGGUACCCAAUGGGGACCUCCUUCAACACAACGUGGAGACUCGGCUUCAUCUCAACCAAUGUCUAGGGGUGGAUGGAUAAAUGAACAUCUUGGUGACCGUUACAAUGGUGCCCAUUGGGGACCUCCAACACAAAAUGGAUACUCAACUUCAUCUCAACAGAAUCAUCGGGGUGGGUGGAUCGAUAAAGAUCUUGAUAACCAUUACAACACUGCCGAGUGGGGAUCUCCUUCAACACCAGCUAGGUAUAGAUCUUAUAAUAGUUUUCAUGAAAAUCAUAGUGCUAGUAGUUAUGGGUCGGGUUUUCAUUAUGAAGCUUCAAGUUCUAAUGGAUACCAACAUAAAUCCUCUUCAUCCAGAUUUGGCAAUUCAAGUAAUCAUAGAAGGGGAGAAUAUGAUUGGGAUUACUAGUCUUGGGGGAAAGAUGUAAUAUCGUUUUACAUGAUUAGGAAUUGAAAGUCUUUUGUUGUAUCAUCGGUGCCGAUGUGUUUUCUUUUUAAGUUUUAACAUGUUCAUUUUAACUUUAAUCAUUCUGGAAUCAGCAAUCCUGUAGUUUUUCAUAGUAUUAUAUGGUUUUGGACACAAGAAAUAGAGUUGGAAAUUUAUGGCA